AUGCUCAUCGGUUUAUGCGGAGGCAUCUGUGCGGGUAAGCAUACGAUAGCCGAGUAUCUGAUUCAACACCAAGGAUUCCAGCUCUUAGAGCUGGCGGAAAAGCCUCCCCACCAUUUCGCCGAAGACUCAGAUGAUGACCCACGACUCCACGCAUCAGAAAUUAAGAAGAAUGGGGAUUCCAAGUCGGAAUUCGUCUUUCAAACCGCCGAUGCUCUGUUGGAUUUCGUGACCAAGAGGUGGCAGGAACAUUGGGUGACCACAGAUAUCGCGGAUGGCACAACUUUAGACCGAUUUCUUUUGCGACCCUUUUUCCUUCUCGUCAGUGUAGAUGCUCCAGUCAGUCUUCGUUGGAAACGGUUUUCCGAUCGAUGCUGGAGAAGACAACUUGAUCCUCCAGACCUUGAGAAAUUUGUUCUGUGGAAUGAUCGUCAUCUCUAUCAGAAGGAUAUUGGGCGUGUCUAUCUCACAGAUAAAGCCCAAGUGCGCCUCUUCAACUCAUCGUCAUCUGUAGAUGAACUUCAUAAUUCUCUUAAGGCUCUUGAUCUUGCGGAUGAGCAACGGCUGCGACCAAACUGGGACCAAUACUUCAUGCAGCUUGCAUCGCUUGCGGCGCAAAGAAGUAAUUGCAUGAAACGACGAGUUGGUUGUGUUCUAGUUAGAGAACGUCGAGUUAUUAGUACUGGUUAUAACGGAACACCCCGACAUCUCGCAAAUUGCAACGAAGGUGGAUGUCCUCGCUGCAACCGCGGAGAUGGUGGUGGAGUUGGACUGUCCACCUGUCUAUGUCUCCACGCCGAAGAAAACGCCCUCCUGGAAGCCGGCCGAGAGCGUAUUAGAGAAGGGGCAAUUCUCUACUGUGAUACGUGUCCAUGCUUGACCUGCACCGUCAAAAUUGCCCAAGUCGGUAUUUCGGAAGUUGUGUACUCGCAAGGAUACAACAUGGACAAAGAUAGCGCUGCUAUUCUUGAGUCUGCAGGUGUACGCUUACGUCAAUUCAGCCCGGUAAGAGUCCCUACUUACAUCAUAUUUUUAUUGCUAACAUUUGUACAUUUGGAAACCGAGCAGCCCUCUAAUGGACUCAUCUAUUUACAAGAGUCUGACGAAUCGAAAUUCUUCGCCAUGCCCACCGUUCACCUUUUAGAUUACGUUGCGGGCAACAUCCGCUCACUGGUUAACGCGAUUAACCAAGUUGGUUAUGAGGUGGAAUGGGUCAAGUCCCCCGAGGAUGUCAAGAAUGCGGAUAAAUUGAUUCUCCCCGGUGUCGGUCACUUCGGUCACUGUCUCUCACAACUUGAAAAGGGCGGCUUUUUGGGUCCAAUCCGGGAACAUAUUAGCGCGGGCAAGCCGUUCAUGGGUAUCUGCGUUGGUCUACAGGCACUUUUCCAGGGAUCUGAAGAAGACCCCAAUGUUCCAGGGCUGGGUGUGAUUCCUGUUUACAUUCAAAAAUUUGAUGAUUCGACGAAGAGUGUCCCACACAUUGGAUGGAACUCUGCAUUGAAUACCGGAGAUGCGAAAGAGCAGAGCUUUUAUGGCCUGAGGCCGUCAAGCAAGUACUAUUAUGUGCACUCUUACGCAGCUCUUUACGAGCCCGGUGUUCUCGAGAAGGACGGUUGGUCCGUUGCCACGGCUACCUAUGGUGAACAAGAAUUCAUUGGCGCGAUUAGCCGUGGAAACAUCUUUGGUGCUCAAUUCCACCCCGAAAAGAGUGGCGUCGCGGGAUUACGAGCAAUUCGCGCCUUCUUGACUGGGGAUCAGUUCCAGACUCUCCCUCAGGAAUUGCUUGCUGCUAAGAAGGACGGUUUGACUCGACGAGUUAUUGCUUGUCUGGAUGUGCGAACAAACGAUUCCGGUGAUCUUGUUGUCACAAAAGGAGACCAAUAUGAUGUACGUGAAAAGAGUGGAGUGGAUGCAGGUGGCCAGGUCCGAAAUUUGGGUAAGCCUGUCGAUAUGGCCAAGAAGUACUAUGAACAAGGCUCAGAUGAGGUCACAUUCUUGAACAUUACUUCCUUCCGAAACUGCCCACUCGCGGACACACCCAUGCUCGAAAUCUUGCGGCGGACAUCAGAAACAGUUUUUGUUCCAUUGACUAUUGGUGGUGGAAUCAAAGAUGCCGUGGACACCGACGGCACUCACGUCCCUGCGCUAGACGUGGCCACAAUGUAUUUCAAGUCCGGCGCUGACAAGGUCAGCAUUGGUUCUGACGCUGUCUUCGCUGCUGAGGACUAUUACCAAGCUGGCAAGAAGUUGAGUGGCACCACUGCCAUUGAAACUAUCUCUCAAGCCUAUGGAAAGCAGGCCGUUGUGGUCAGCGUGGAUCCCAAGCGUGUCUAUAUAGACCGCCCUGAGGACACUCACCACCACACAUUGAAAACCGCAUACCCUAAUGCUGCUGGCCAAUCCUACUGCUGGUACCAAUGCACUGUCAAGGGUGGCCGAGAAACUCGUGACAUCGAUGUCCGACAAUUGGUGCAGGCUGUUGAGGCCAUGGGCGCUGGAGAGAUUCUGCUGAACUGCAUCGAUAAGGAUGGCAGCAACAGUGGAUUUGACCUGGAGCUUAUCAAUGAUGUGAAGGCCUCUAUCAAGAUUCCAGUGAUUGCUUCCAGUGGAGCUGGAAACCCUGGUCAUUUCGCAGAGGUCUUCAACAAGACCUCUACGGAUGCUGCCCUGGGAGCUGGCAUGUUCCACCGUGGAGAAUACACCGUGAGCGAGGUCAAGGACUACUUGCAAAAUGACGGAUUCCUGGUCCGACAAUUUGAGGCUGAGAUCUAG